AUGGCUUCCGAGGCCGCCCUUACCUUGGACGGCUCUGAUGUAUUGACAUUAUCUGAUGAAACAGAGUAUCAAGACGUGCAACGGGGCUUCGCGGAUACAACCGAAGAAGGCGGAGGAGAGUCUCAAGAGUCUUGUAGACAUGCCAAGAAGCAGGGAGUUGGCUCCAUUGUUCAAGGUGAUACAGCGGGUAAUAAGACUCGGUGUCUGAAUUGA